GCAUCCCGGCGUGCCCGCUCUUGCCGCCGCUGCCGCGGGCGGGACUCGCCGGGCGGGGGCUCGGCGGGAGCCCCAUUGGCUCUUCCCGGCGGCACAUGUUGCCGGCCCCGCUAUAAAGGCGACCGCAGCCUUGCUGCAGCCCGUCCUCCUGUCUCUACGCUUUCCAGGGACGUCGCCAGCUCCAGCGCCGCCGCCAUGGCUAUCGACCCGUUUUUAGGCAAAUGGUGCCUCAUCUCCAGCGAAGGCUUCGAAGAGUACAUGAAGGAGCUGGGUGUGGGUAUGGCCAUGAGAAAAAUGGGAAGCAUGGCCAAACCAGAUGUUUACAUUAUUAAGGACGGGGACACAAUCACCAUGAAAACAGAAAGCACCUUCAAAACUUCACAGGUCAGCUUCAAGCUUGAUGAGAAAUUUGAAGAAAAUACAUUAGAUGGCAGGAAAACUCAGACCCUUGUCAGCUUAAAAGAUGAUGGGUCAUUGAUUCAGGAGCAGGAAUGGGAUGGCAAGAAGACCAUAAUAACAAGGAAGCUAGUGGAUGGACAAUUGGUGGUGGAAUGUGACAUGAAUGGUGUCAAGUGUGUUAGAGUCUACCAGAAAGCAUGAGGACAUCAUCUGGUUCAAUAGGAACUUACUGCAAACAACUUGGUUCAGUGGACAGAGCUCCUUUUCACUCCAUAUUUUCCUUUUCCCUGUUUUCUAGUAUUUCAAUGGACUGAGUAGCUGAGUGCAAUUCUUUUUAAAAGCCGUGAUGUAACUAUUAUGUAACUAUUAUGAACUUAUGAGGCUAUUAAAUAAAAUUGUCAAAUAUAUGAAGUGAAAAUGUUUUUACUCUAAUGGAAUUUUAAAGUGAGGUUUUAUAAAAAAAUCACUUUGGUUUUAGGCUUUACUACAAACAUCCUUCCGUACAAGAUAAUGAAAGUUACAUAGUUAAUAUAAUUAAUAGUAAGCCAAAUUUUGACCUAAAUCCUUAAUUGCUAAAGUAGUAAAAUCUGAAAUAGAAAAAGCAUUCAUAGUCAGGCUAUGGAGUUUUUUCAAACUUGCAUGUUUGAAAAUAAAAUAGCAAUGUGUGGAUAUAAAAUAUGAGAUGUUUGUAUUUAAGUACAGGAAUGUAUUUUCAGGUUGAGUUUGUUUUCUCAUGUUUCAAAACCACACUUAUCUCAAAAUAUAUAUAUUGAUAAGUCAAAAAAUGUGAUAAACAGGCAAACACAUACAUGCUUUAUUGAAAGGAAGCCUUAUUUUAAGAAGACUCUUUGUUUUCCUAGCAAAACUCUUAUUUCAUGUCUAGUAACUUUCUAAAAAUUCUUAACCAAAAUCAUCUAAAAUACUGCCUUAAAAACUCAUUUUAUUUCUUUCGGACUCAUUUGAAACACCUAGCAAUGGAGUUUAUAUGUUUUGAGGUGCCAUAAUAAAUAAUCAGAAAUAUCA